CCCCCCCUUUUUUUUUUUAAUUUUCCCAAUUUGCAUCCCCCUUUUCUUUUCUUUUCUUUUCUUCAGAUUGACUUCAAUUGUUUAAUUAAGCAAGCAUCCCACCACCAUUAUUUUUAAUUAAUUUGGUGGAUUAAGAAUCCUACACUCUUUUAUUCUUCACCAAAUAUCACAGAUCAGUUCUGUAAUAAAGGAUUGGAAAUUAGCUAGGAGGCUACUUAAUUUCAGAGAUUUGAAGUUUCCAAAGUGUAAAGCUGGGAUCUUUAUUGAUGGUUUUUGAUCAAAGUCAACAUCAUAUUUGUAUAGAUUAUCGUGUAAUUGAAUUGAGUUUGUUAAGUUUGUGUUUAUUUUCUGGGUAAAUAAGUACCUGGAAAACUAAAGAUAGUUUGUGUUUUAAAUAAACUGGAAGAUGUCUGGAGUACAAGAUUCACUAGAGAUUAAGUUUCGUUUGAUAGAUGGAUCCGAUAUUGGUCCAAAGAGCUUUCCGGCAGCUGCAAGUGUUGCAGCCUUGAAAGAAAGUAUCCUUUCUCAAUGGCCCAAAGAGAAGGAGAAUGCUCCACGUACAGUAAAAGAUAUAAAGAUAAUUAGUGCUGGAAAAAUAUUGGAGAACAACAAAACAGUAGGAGAAUGCAGGAAUGCAUUAUGUGAUGUUCCUGGUGGAAUCACAACCAUGCAUGUCGUUGUUAGUCAGCCAUCCCAAGAAAAAGAAAAGAAAGCGACAAACGACCUGAAACAGAACAAAUGCUCUUGUGUUAUUUUAUGAGAAGCUAUCCAGGGGAUGUUGUUUGAAGAUAAAGAUUGCUGGUGUAGUUAAAGAUGAUACUGGGUUUGAGAAUGACUGGACAGUGAAGAUCUUGAAUAAUAUUAUUAAUAAUAAUAAGAAGAAAUUCUGACAAUUAAAGGAAAAAAUGGAUAUGGUGAAGAAAUAUGUACUAUACAAGUUACAGGUCGACAUAUUUAUACAAUUAGUUUGUUUUCCAGGUUUGUUUUUGUGUAUUUUGUGGAUUUGUGAAGUAUACUCCAAAAUACUCAGGCUUGGUUCUCUAAUGGUCUUUGGGUUCUUUCAGUUGAUUUAAAAUAUGUGACCUGGUAUGAAUAUACAUUAAUGAUUAUGUUUUUUUGCACAA